AAGGGUGACCAAAAGGUUGUGAACCUUCUUGAUGAAUACCACCAACGGAACAUUUCAGACCGGAAACUCAUAAGCAAGUUAUUGCAAGCUGAACAUAGCAUCAAAAUGAGUGAAGCAACAGUUGCUCGCCGUAGACGAGAAUUGGGCUUAUUUGGCAGCCAUGUGACAGCAGCCCAACUGCCAGAUGUUACCAAGCGCCAACUUGUGCUAGACCAGCUUGCGAACGAUCCCUAUGGUCGUCGUGGACCAUGCAUUGUGAAGGAACUCAUUGUAAAACAAACUGGAGUCAUGCUCCCACAUGACUACAUCAGAGACCAGAUGAUGUUACAAGAACCAGAAGGUUUUGUGACUUGUGAACCUACCAGCAAGAAGCUGUCCCAG